GGAGCCAAACAGCCGAACAGCCAAACACCCAAACGGAAAAUCAAAGACUAUUGAUGGACAACACAGAGGAGUUCAAAAACUAUUGGGAAACCAAUAUGUUUCUCCAAAGUGAAGAGUUCGACAGUUGGGGGGGCCUGGAUGAGGCGUUUUCCGGCUACUACGAUUCGAGUUCGCCGGACGGCGCAGCGUCGUCGGCGGCGUCGAAGAACAUAGUUUCGGAGCGGAACAGGAGGAAGAAGCUGAACGAGAGGUUGUUCGCACUGAGAGCGGUGGUCCCCAAUAUCAGUAAGAUGGAUAAGGCGUCGAUAAUUAAAGAUGCGAUCGACUAUAUCCAAGACUUGCACGAGCAAGAGAGGAGAAUUCAGGCCGAGAUAUCGGAGUUGGAGUCCGGAAAAUCGAAGAAGAGUCCGCCGGGGUACGAAUUCGAGCAGGAGAUUCCGGUGUUGGUAUCGAAAUCGAAGAAGAAGAGGACUCAGCACUGCUAUGAUUCCGGCGGAUCAAGAGUUUCCCCAAUCGAGGUCCUUGAGCUGAGGGUCGUUUACAUGGGAGAAAAGACCGUGGUUGUGAGCCUCACAUGUAGUAAAAGAACAGACACAAUGGUAAAGCUGUGUGAAGUAUUCGAAUCUCUGAAGCUUAAAAUCAUUACAGCCAACAUUACUGCUUUCUCUGGCAGGCUUUUGAAGACUGUUUUCGUUGAGGCAGAUGAGGAGGAGAAAGAUGUUCUAAAAAUAAAGAUUGAAACAGCCAUAGCAGCUCUCAAUGAUCCACAGAGUCCUAUGAGUAUAUGAUGGAUGGAUCCAAAUUCUCGUCAUAGUGGAAGGCAUGGUGACCGUGAAUUUGUUAUUUUCUUAGGAUUUGUAUUUUUUUAGAUUUGGUUAGGGUUUUGCUCCUAGGUUGUUUUCUUUGAUGGGAAGGUUCAUAAUGUUGGAUAUUUUUGUGGUCAAUCCCGUAUUUGUAUUACUACCAUGUUAUGAACUCGUGUCUUUGAAUCCAGAUAAUGGGGCAGUUCUCUCUUCUGAUAAA